AUGUUUGCGAUCUUGCAGAUCGUAUCAGAUUGGCAAGCAUUGAAGCAGAAGGCUGAAAUUACGGAAGAAGAGGAAGUGAACUUUUUUGUGAGGGAAAGCUGGCCAAUGGAGGCGGAAGGACCAAAGUCAUCCGAUAAGGAGAACAUCAAGUACGUCCGGGAGCGGGCUGAACAAUCUGUCGUCGGUAGCGUUGCGGUCUCUGCUAUCACACAACAGCCUCGAGCGUCUGGUGACUUUGCUGGUGGCCUCUUGGAUUCGCAACCACACGACCUUGUUUGGGGCAGGGGUCGCUGGCCGCUGCCUUUUGAGCGAAUUGAAGCAGAAAGCCACAUCCUCUACUCCCCCUCUGGUCUGGAAGUUCCGCUGGAGGUUAAAACGCAAGGUCGGUCAGUUCGCUACGCGGAAGAUGAAGGCCUCUACGUGGGUCAGCUGCCCUUUGUCGCUCCGGCCAAUAUUCGACGACUUGAGAACCGACUGCUUCGAGAAGCAGAGUACCAGUCGGGAGGAGCGGAGAUGCAAAAACAACCCUAUAAAGCUCAGGAUGGCGUCAGUCAAUGGUUCGCGGAAGAUGGGCGAAUGAAGAUGGCUACGUCGCCCCUACGCGAUGUACUUUUUCGACCACUCCAAUCGAUUACCUUCUUCAACAACGUCCCUGAGGAGUUCAACUAUGUUUUCCUUCCGCCCCUGUCAGACCAGGAGAUGCAAAGCUUGGGGCAGAAUUACUCCAGAGUGCACAGCCGCAUACAACGGCCUUUCCAGCUACCCUUCAGGCGCCCCAACGAUGUUGGAACAACACCCGUAGACUUUCAGCAGAUUGAAAUCGAGCUGGCUUCCGUCAGCUUCUCUUUUCAUCCGCUCUUCCUGGCUGAACACGUGUUUGCACACAACCUGCGAAUGCUUGUGAAGGCGUUGGAGGAUAGGGUUGGACGCGAUUAUAUUAAUGCCUGCAUACAGAGGAUUGCUGCCUUAAAAAGGGCCAUAAAACAGUUGGAAGAGAAGGCCGCGCAAAAGGUUAGUCUUUUGCUGACUUCUAGUGGUUUCCGUCCUAGUUGCAAUUUUAAAAAGCUGAAUAGUUUCCAAUCCUGA